GCGGACUUUGCAAGAGCAUUUCAAGUCUGCUUUAAUGUAUGAAGUCCCAUUUUGAAACACCAUGUCAAAUGAAGCCAGUUCGGAGCAGAAGCUUUCUACGACAACAGUCAGUUCAGUUGCUGUUCAGGCUGGGGAUGCCAGUAUUGUUAUAGCUGUACUUAAGUGUGGAAAAUGGGUGAAGCUUCAGCUGGCUGAAUCAACACCAAAUUUAUUAGAAAUUGGCAGCAAUCAAGAUGAGACUAAAAAACUACUGCAAGAUCAUGAAUUCCUCCUAGCUAAACUUAAGGCUUUGGAAGACCAGGUAUGGGACCUGCUGCAUGAAGCAGACAAGGCUGCAAAGGAGAACAAAGAAAAGAGUCAGGUUUAUGAUGCCAUGGCGGAGACCCUUGGGGAUGCAUGGGAUGCCCUCAUCCUCAUGUUAGAGAAGCGACAGGCACUUCUGGAACUUACUUCAGUGUUCUUUGAAAAUGCUCUGGAGUUUGCUGUUAAAAUUGACCAAGUUGAAGAUUUCCUGAAAAAUGCCCAAGAGUUUGACAAUAUUGACUCUUUGAGAGAACUCCUUCUGCAACAAGAGCAUCAUACAAAAGAGCUUUUGGAAAAGUCACUUGCACUUUUAAACAAAAGCCAAGAGCUAACUGAAUUCAUAGAAGAAUUCAAAUGUGAGGGGCCAAAUGCAAAUCCAGAGCUGAUUCAGGGAGCCCACAGCAGCUGCUUGAAAAUUGACAAUCUUCUUGAAAUGCUACAAGACAGGAGACGGCAACUGGACAGAUUUCUUAAACAUCAACGUCAAGGACUGGAGCAGGUUCUGCAAAUUUGUUUGUGGCACCAACAAGAGAACCAGGUAACAUCUUGGUACAAGAAAAACAUCAGAGAUUAUUUUCACAAGCAAAACUUAGGCUCAUCUCUAUUGGAAAAUGAAGAGUUACUUCAAGAGCUUGAAGAAAUGGAAGUCAAAGUGAAAAAAUGGAAUUCCACUGUGGAACAACUGGAAGCCGAAGCACUUAAGAUCUUGCUUUCGGAGGACUAUACAGAAAAAGAACACCUAAAGCUUUCAAAUCAGAAAAUCUGUCUGUUGCGAGAAGAAGUGUGCUUCCGUAUGGAAGAAAGGAAAGCCCUGCUACAAGAGGCUAAUGACUUUUUUCAUACUGCUGGCAAGGUACUUGAUGGUCUUGAAGGUAUUGAGAAUUACCUUAAAAUCUUUAAUUCAGAAGGCUUACAUUUGCCUAUCUUGACGAUGAAAUAUGAGGAAUUACAGGAAGCGAUUAAAAGUUGCACAGCGAGCACCUUGCAAAAAGGACAAACUUUAGUUAAUAAAGCAGAUUCUCACAGCUCUUGGGUGACAGGAAUUCAGAAAAUGAUGGAGUAUGUUAAAAAAAAAGUAGAUCAAUUAAUCAGGCAGUGUCCAGAUUAUAAAGAACUUACUUUGAAGAAACAACAGGCUGCCUCACUUGAAGAUCAUCUAAAUAAGGUAUCACAGUCGAUUAAAAAAAUCACCCCGAUGCUUGCAGUUGGUAUGGAGAUUGGGUUGUAUUUGUCUGAGUCGGAAAGAGUUUUGAACACACACCUUGAACUGGGUGUACCCUCAAAGGAAACUUCACAUGAACUGGAAGCAGCUGAGAGAAUCAUCAAAGAUAUAGAAGAAUUUGAACCUGAGCAGGUGGCAGCUUUUUCUAGCAGAACUGACUUUCUGAAUGAAGAACUGAAAAAAAUUGAAAAAAAUAUUAGUUCAAAACUAGAAAUUCUAAAAACUUAUGUGGCCUUUUUAAAGUCAGCUUUGGAGGUGAAUGAUGAUAUCCAAAACCUGAAGGAAUUCUAUAAAUCAGCAGAACCACUACAAACAAACAGAGAGGCUGAAAAUAAAAUUGCAAUAGAGUCAGCUAAUAGUCAGUGGCAAAAGGCUAUAAAGAAGAUUUUUUCCACCCAAAAUAUGGGUUGCAAUUUUCUUAAUUUAGUGGAUAUGGUAAAAGAGAGUUUAAUAUUAAAAGUAGAAAAAUCUGUAUGAGUAACAGAAGAUAUCAUUGUUAAUCUAAGUAAAGAAAAGAAAGAGCUGACCAAUCUUUGGGCAGUCUGGAAUUUUAAAAUUACUCAGUUAAAACCCAUCAAGCAACAGAGCCGGAUAUUUAAAGAACAACUAAAAAAUACUGCCCAUGGAUUAGAGAUUCUUCAAGAAGCACUCCAGCUUACAGCAACAGUUGACCUUGGAAGUGACCUUUUUAUUGUUUUGGAGCUACAAAAAAAGCUUAACCAAAUGAAACCACAGUAUCAGCAACUGAAUGCUGAGCUUGAGUACCUGAUAAAAUUAUUAGAAUUGCCAAGCCAGAAAGGAUUUCCUGUGAAAGAGAAUUCUGAGAGAAUAAGUGAGCUUAUUCAUCUCCGUCAAAUGGUAAAGGACACAAUGACAGAAUAUGUUGAGAUUUUCAACCAGACAAUCAAGUUCCAUCACAUUAAAAAAGAACUGGAAUGUCUGUCAAAAUCAGGAGAACUGGAUAUUCCUGAAAUAUGUGAGGACCCUGAAAAUGUGCAUCAUGCUAAAGCCUGCCUUGUGAAUGCUCAGGAGAAACAUGCACAUAUCAGACAGCUAUAUAAACUGCUUAUUACCCAGGGAGUGGAUAUCUUGUCUGCAGUGCAGCAACCUAAUUACUUGAAUGUUUCUGUAAAGAAUCUGAAGCAAGAACUUGCUAGAUUUGAGUAUGAUAGCAUUAACUGGAGCUCCAAAUCCAAUAAAUAUGAGGAAGAACUGUCACAGAAUUUCCAACACUGCACCACUCAAGAGGAGAUAAAUGAGCUCAGAGAGUCAUUUAAGGAUCUCAAAAAGAAAUUCAACAAUUUGAAGUUUAACUACACAAAGAAAACUGAAAAAGCUCGAAACUUGAAGUUACUUAAAAUACAGAUUCAGCAAGUUGAUACAUAUACACAGAAAAUACAGAUUCUUAAAAAGAAGAUGGAUCAUUUAGAGAAGAAAGUCAUUGGCUCUGUAGCAAAUGAACCUAAUGCUAAAGUUAGAGUCCUCUUGGGGUCAAUCAGUGACUUACAAAAACAGCUGAAUGACUUUAGCAGAGUUGUGGAGGAUUACAAGCAAAAUCUGGAUCUCGUGGAGCAUCUGCAACAGAUGAUGGAAGAGUGUCAAUUUUGGUUUGAAGAUGUGAGUGCAACAGUCGUUAGAGUUUGCAAGUAUUCUGCGGAAUGCAAAACAAAAGAAGCGAUAGAGACUCUCUACAAGCAAUUCAAUAAGUUUAUUGAGCCUGCAGUGCCUCAACAAGAAGAAAAAAUUCAGCAGAUUAUGGACCUCGCUAAACGGUUAUAUGGUAUUGAAGAAGGAAAGAAGUAUGUUGAAAAAGCUAUAUUAAAGUACAAAGAAAUCAUUAAUUCUGUUGAUGAGUUGUGUAGAUCUCUGAGAGAACUUAAGGAGAUUAAGAAAGAUGAGUUUUCUGAAGAGUUGGUUACUGUUCAAAAAGAAGAAAGAAAUGGUCAAGAAGCAUGUGAGGCUGUUAUUAAAGACAAAGCAGAGGAACAAAAGCAGCAGAUGGCAUCAAGUAAAUUGCUUACAAAUUCAGAAAGCAUUACUGAGAAGAGAAACAAUAGCCUGUCUCCUACCAACACUAAACAGGAGAGGAAUAAAUUGGCUGAUAUUCCAAUUAUCUGUCCAGCUGGUGAGGAUCUUGUUUCACAGGAUACAGAGCUGUCAUCUUCAGCCAAAGAGGAUAGUUUACAGACUGAAUUCCUGGCAAAAGAAAUACCCUCUGGAGAUGAAUAUGAGUACGCCACCAGAAGCUGUCAGAGGCAGAUGGUCACCCGAGAAGAGAUUAAAAGUUCAUCAGAAAAGAACAGCAUGGCCAGCCUAACUGGACAGGCGCCUAACUUCUCCCAGCUUCUGUCUAACAAAACCGUCAUGGAAGGUUCUCCGGUAACUUUGGAAGUAGAAGUAACGGGAUUCCCAGAGCCUACACUGACAUGGUACAAGAAGGGCCAGAAACUGACUGCAGAUGAGCACUUAAAGCUUUUACAAAAGGAGACAAAGCAUACUUUGUUCAUUCAGAAGGUGUGUGAUAAAGAUGCUGGCCUCUAUGUUGUUCGGGCUAAAAAUUUGAAUGGCACUAUCUCAUCAAGUGCCAUUCUCCACGUGAAAGUACAAGGAAAACAGCCAAACUUCAUACAAAAAUUUGGACAUACAACUCUACAAGAAGGAGAAGAUUUAAUCCUGCAUUGCACUAUACAUGGAAAGCCCAAACCACGUGUCUGCUGGAUGAAGGAUGAUAUCCAAGUGGUAUCUGGAGACAUCAGUAUUGAGAAAUUAGGAGAUACCUAUUACCUUUUGAAAAGAAAUGUAGUCCUUGCUGAUACGGGGAAAUAUAUCUGUGUUGCCAGCAAUGAAAUUGGAAAGGCACACUGUUCUGCUUUUGUAACAGUGAUAGAGAAAAAUAAAACCCCAGAAAUUUCCACUGUAACUCAGGCUAAAUCAGAAUGGGAAGAUGGAUACUUUUCAGAAGAAGUGAAUGUCACCACAACUGAGCUAGUACAAGCCCACGACACACAUUGUGUGCGAGUUCAAAGGCCAGUGGCUAAACAUCUCCCAGUAAGGUUUAAAGAGAAACUCUGGCUUCAAGGAGUGUAUCUUGAACUUGAGAGGCCACAAAAGAUUAGCUUCAAUUUGGAACAUGAUCCUGUUCUUCUCCCGCCUGCUGCAGAGGAUCAGAAGAUGGACUGAAUGGCAAGAUGCCUGAUUCAUGAGGGUGUUCAUAUUGUUUGCUGUGUCCAUUAGUAGAUGUUGGCCAUGGGUAAGAAGAUGAAUCCUUGAGUGCUAUUUAAUUUUUAUCUAGGUUACAAUUUGUAUUUGCUUUCUUUAUAAAUAAAUCAUUAAUAAAAUU